CUGAACACAAGACGUAAAUACCUUUAGUGGUUGACCAGUAAAGUUUAGCAUGCCUUAUUUGAAGAAACCCCAGACUAUCGAACUGCUUGUAAAACUCUGGGACAAAAAGGCCCAAAAAUGUGGACCGCACCAUACCGUCUAUUCUGUCAAUGGGGAUCAGUACAAGGGCGAGUGGUUGGACAAUAAGAAACAUGGACAAGGAGCACAGCUUUGGAGAAAAGCAGAGAUGGUCUACGAAGGGGACUGGAGUUGUGGGAGGCGAGACGGGUAUGGAACACUAAGCAAGCUUGACCCUGAAAAGAAAGAAUAUGUCAUGGUGUAUGCUGGUGGCUGGCAAAAUGACAAGAAGGAAGGUAUGGGGACAUAUUUCUUCAGUCCGUCUGCUUUCUAUAAGGGCCAGUGGAGUAAAGACCAGAGGAGUGGAUGGGGAAGAAUGCAGUAUGACAACGGUGACAAUUACGAGGGAGAGUGGCUGAAGGACAAACAUCAUGGACUGGGUUUACUUGUACUAGCGAAUGGUAAUCGUUAUGAGGGCACUUGGAGAGAUGGAAAAAAGAAUGGCCAUGGCAAGUUCUUCUACCUGGACCACGGUCAGCUUUAUGAAGGCUUUUGGGUUGAUGGUGUUGCUAAGUGUGGAACAGUCAUUGAUUUUGGGAGAGAUGAUGCACUCAAGCCAACAGUGUACCCAAUUCCCAAGGUUUGCUUACUGGACACAGAGUCUGUACUGAUGGAGGCACAAGCAUAUUUCAUCAAGGUCAAAGAGAAAUCAACAACGACCAAUAUUCCAUGUGAUACAGUUGCUAGGCAAUGUGACAAUACCCCCUGAAAAU